GACGGGUUGCAUGAUGCUUUUUGUCCAGUUUUUGACUUAAAACAGCUUCAAUUUGCUCCAAUUUCAUUUUUUCAUCGAAGUGGAAUUAAUGUUAAAUUCUUUAUAUGAGUGACAUAACUGGUAAUUGCCAUUUGUUGCUCGUGUCUGUAUCGGUGUUACUCGUUGUCAGAGUUUGUUUCUGAGACGGUGAUCGCACCCAAUCUGUAUGCAACUAUUACGCGUCUCCUCUACUAUGUCUUGCCAAGGAUCAUAUUCGGGCCCCGGGGACGAGUAUGACUUCGAGGACGAUGGGUACGACGACCUGGACGGGUACAGAGACAGAGAAGACACGUUACCAUCAGCACCGCCAGUCGACGACAGUGACGAAGACACAGAAGAAGCCAGUGAGACAGACAUACCAAACAAUGACGAGCCACUUGAAGUUAAGGAACAAUUAUACCAGGAUAAGCUAGCAAACCUGAAGAAGCAGCUACAGCAGUUGGAAGACGGCAUCCACCCAGAGUUCCUCAGGAGGGUCAAGAGGCUAGAGCACCAGCUGCACGAGAGGCUAAGGAUAAACAAAAUAUAUAGGGAACACAUGUACGAUGUAGUAGAAAGAGAGUACAUAGCAGAGAAGAAGGCAGCAGCGAAAGAGUUUGAAGAGAAGAAGAUAGAGUUGAGGGAAAACCUGCUGAACGACUUCGAGGACAAGAGGAAAAUGAUUGAGAGUGAACGCCACAGUAUGGAGCUAAAUGGAGAUUCUAUGGAGGUUAAGCCCGUAAUGAAGCGCAUAUUAAGACGGCGGGCUAAUGAGCCUGCGCCGGCGCCGGAGAAGCGCCGCAAGCCGCUGACGACGACGCUGACGUUCCAGCUCGACGAGCGCGACAUCGACGCCGACCUGCGCGCCAUCGCGCGACACUCGCCGCCGCGACAUGCGCCCGCGCAUACACUGCCUAGGAAGCACUACAAUUCUAGUACUUGUGAGUCCCCGGUGCGUGAGAGCGGCGAGACGACGGAGACGCGCGUGGAGGACGGCAAGCUGCUGUACGAGCGGCGCUGGUACCAUCGCGGACAGAGCGUCUCCGUGGAAGGACGGGACCUGCCCAAGUUCCCUGGACACAUACAUGCCAUUACUGAUGAGGCGAUAUGGGUAAAGAAAACAAACCUGGAGCGGGUACGGAUAUACAUAUCUCAGUUAGCCCGCGGUAAAGUGACGUUAAAACGACGCGCGUCAUAGACAACAGACCAUAGACUAAGUGUUCAUAGUGCAAACGCUAGAUGUGGAGUGAGUGUCAAGUGGCGGGAAAAGAGUGGCUGCAUACAACACUAUGGUACAUGUUUUUAUACGUGACAAGUCCUUAGUAAUAAUAUAAGAGUUCUCGCUAAACUUCAUGAUGGUCCGCUGAUACCUAAAAUAGGUUUCAUGUAUGGUGACGACAAAAAGUUUGGCGAGAGCUAUAUGAAUGUGAAUUUCACGCAGUUUCGCCUGGAACCUCAAGGAAGAAAAAUUCCAGUAUAUGUUGUUUCUUAGGUGCAAAUUAGUAGAACCGUGAAAAAGGAACGACAUAAGUAUUGCUAUCUUUAAAUAAUUACUGAGUGGGAAAGAGAGCUGAAUUUGUUACUCUUGCUGAAUCUUUCUACUAAAGAAGUUUUAAAAUUAAUUUAUUCAACUUGUUGAGUGGAUCAUUUAAUGAGUUUCUCUUUCAAAUUGAGUUUUAGAGAGAAAUUAACAGUGUAACAGGCAAGAAAUAUUGUUCGAAAUAGCAGUACUAUAAGUUGUUAUGUUUAAUCUGGCCUGAAACAAAAUUGAAUGUUCCUUCUUACUAUGGAUGAAUACUAAGUAUUGGUAUAGGCCUAUCUGAUGUAUCUAUCAAUAACUUCAGAGGAUCACUAACGUUCAAAAGUUGAUGCCAGCUAUUAUUUGAACAUCUUUGGAAUACCCAUGCCUACCGCCAAACUUUCUGGCUUCCAACUUACCAUACCAGUCCUCUUUGGUAGGACUGGUUAUUAAACUCUCUGGCUCCCAACUAACCAGUCAUACCAAAGUUUUAUCAAAGGUUUUCUGGUCAAAACUCAGGUAACUGGGUUUAAGAGUUCAGAGGCAGUCUCCAUUUAGUACACAGGUGCUAAGGCUGGAAACAGUGUUCGAACAGUUACGUAGCUAUAUCUGUGCAAGUCUAUGAACGUGCACACAGCUACGCUGACGGUACGCGCGUGAUUUUGUAUGUGGGUCGGUCGGGACGUACGGUCAGCACUGACCGUCGGCCGAGCACUGUUUCCAGCCUAAGAUGCAGCCAGUUAGACUGGAAGCCAACAUAAUUGAGAAGUGGCUAGGCAGAUAGUAUAAAGUGAAAUUAACUCAUCAUAACUACUAUAUCUUAGCUUAUUAUGAAAUUAUUACUUGGCAAAACUGUUUAGACAAAAUUGGACAUGAAAUUAUAUUAUACAUAGACUAGUAAAAGAUAUAUUUUUUUAUUAGAUGUUUUUAAGUUUCGCCAAGUAAUUUUAAAAGAGCGAGGUAAUUAAUCUAAGUAAUAAACAUUUUUUUGGCUCUUCAUUUGCCUAGCCUUUUCCCGAUUAUGUUGGGGUCGGCUUCCAGUCUAAAUGGUUGCAACUGAGUCUCAGUGCUUUGCAUGGAGUGAAGUUGGCUGUUGGUCAUUUUCAUCAAUUAAUCUAUGAACUGGCAUAAUGGAUCCACCUGAAACAAAAUAUCUAACAAUAGGCCUAUAGUCCAGACAUUGUCAAAUAAGUUUAUAUUAAUUCCAUAUUCCAACAAUAUCACAAAUAAGGUUUGUUGCACUAAACUAUACUCAAGCAAAACACAUGCUCAAAAUGAAUGAACUUUGAACAGUGUCCACCUUAUUAUAAAACGUGGUUUUAAAAAAAACUGGGUAUGGUACUGAGUAUAGAGCUUCAUCAGAGAGUACGUAAAUGUCGGUCCUGCGCCUGAUUUCUCUCCGGUAGUGUCGGAUUGCCGUCCCAUCGGGCGCAGAGAGUGAAGGAAUAGUGAGUGCACCUGUGUCUGCGCAAAUGCUCGUGCACUAUAACAUGUCCUGCCCAGCUGGCUGAUCUCCUUAAGUGAGAACAGCCGCCGCGCGCCGUGGCCGAAAUCUUCCCUGAACGCCAUUAGAGCUUCAACUUCGUUCGACACGGUUUAUACCUAGUACUAAAGCCGGCAGUUUCUCAAGACCACGUUCUUUAAUAAGUAGCUAUAGGUUUUAAGCAUGAUUGGCUAGUAUGAAACCAUGCUUGACUUAUAGUCAUAAAUAUGUGGGCCUAGAAUGGCUCCUGAUCUCAAAACUCAAGCACAAUAAUUACUGUACGAAUUUUUGUGUUUAUGUAUGAGGGUAAUUCUGAUAUACUGUGGAGGUCUACCUAAUGAUGUAAAUAAAUAUAUACCAUGUAUUUUGUUAUAAUUAUCGGCACGUAUCUUGAGCGCUGACCUUCACCUGCGCAGAAGUAAUUAAUUGAGUCCCUUUUGUGGUAUGAAGUGAGGCGCGGGGGCGGGCUAAAGCGGUGAUUGGCCUACAGUGCAUCGCGUCAUAGCCGUCACUCGGGAUUGGUUCUUUGCUAAUAAAUCACUUCUGCGCAAGUGAAGGUCAGCGAGUGCCGAUGAUUCUACUUUAUAGUUAUUCGGUUACUAGAAGAAUGAAAUAUGACACGGUCUUUGUCUGUCGUUUCUGAUUGAUUGUAACGCACCCCGCGUGAGGUAUACGAAGGAAAAAUCUCUGAAAAAUAAUCAAAAUCUGUUCAAUCCAGUCCAGUUUCAUCUCCAAACGGCAAUGCUUAGCAUAGAAAUUACGAGCUUAUAUUGUAAGUGUAUGAUAUUGGAAAUUUACAAAAGAUUCAUAGAAAUCGAAUUGAAACAUUUUCUUACCCAACUGCGAUAGAAGGAGGGUUUUGUUUUUAAUUGAUUGUAAAUCUCUGAUCUAGAAUUUUAUGAAUUUAAUACAGUGGACCUCCACUGUUGAAAGUGAUUUAAUUUAUCGAUAUUGAAACUGUACAUAGAUUAGGAACUUAUUGUCCUCACAAAUGUUUGUCAUUAAAAAUUCGCUGAGGUUGAUAUUAUAGAAAAAAAAAACUCAAACAUAGAUCUUGUCUUGUACAUAGAUUCGGAGCUUUUCGGUUGAAUCUAAUUUUAAGUAGUGCCUAAGUUUUGAGUACAGCUCUAUAAUAUCAACCCUAGAUUUUGAAAAUCCAGGAUUUGUAACGGAGAUAUGUAUUUCACGAAUCUAUCUCCAAAACCAUGUACAGUAAAGGAAUUAUUUGACUAUCUACGACUCAAAAUGCAGUAUUGAAACAUGUAAAUAAUGUACAUUGUAUGUAGUAUAUGAUCAAAUGAGGUUCUAUGUAAAUGGAGAGGAGAUUUUGUACUGUCCACUUUAUUUCAGAUUGUUUUUUUUUUAUAUAUUUUUGUGAUUUAUUACUAUUGUAAAUGAGUUGUGAAUUGAGAUGUAAAUAGUAUGAGAAGUUUUUACGUAUGUAAAUGAUAUUGAGACAAGAUCUUUUAAUUAUAUUGUAUGAUAAGUC